UCAAUCCAAGCCGAGACUGGCCAAGAGUAAGGCGAGGCGGCUGGCUGUUGAACGUGAUGAAAAGUAGUUUGUUUUUUGUUUUUUUGCUGCCGUUAAAUGGUUAAACGAAGGUUUAAAAGUCUGCACUGACAACUCAAGAUGGUUCAGCAUUCCAUUGCGUGCGGUGGAGUGGGUGCAUUGCUGAGGAAGCAAUAGUACCAUUUGGUUGUUUAUGCACAUUAGAGGUCGGUAGCUGGUAGUAGCCACAUGACUGUAGUCUGCACUGGGCGAAAUAUGUGUACACUAUACUACAUGAAGCUUGCGGAAUUUCCAGCAGGUACUGUGUUACAACAGAAUCAAGCAGAAAAAUGCUGAUAAAUGCUUCGGCUCAGGCGUACACAAUGCGUAACAUCUCCAUUCCUGACCUGUUUGGGGAUACAACCUGCGAUGUUUGGAAACUGCCGCAGCACAUACUGUUUCAGCUAGCAAAUACGUGUUUCUGCGUUUCUUAUCUCACACCAAAUACGCGGUACGGGAUCCUCUUCCUUCACGCGUUAUUAAUUUUAGGUUUCUUGUUGAACUCCACAUGGGCGUGGAAUGUUGUUUGUGCACCUGAUAUGUUUUCUUGGAGCUUCACCUUCAUGUUAUUGAACAUGGCGCAAGUUCUCUAUUUGCUGUAUACGAUGCGGCAAGUGAAGUUCCCACGCGAGCUGGAGGAGAUCUACCAGCUCAUGUUUCAACCUAUGCAGGUACCACGGUUGCUGUUCAAGAAACUAGUGAGCUUGGAAUAUGCUCAGUUGAUGAGCCUUCAUGCCGGGGAAGCUUAUGCAAUGCAGACACUAACGAAGACAGACAGAUUGGGUCUCCUCAUAACUGGGAAGGUGAGUGUUUUGACAGACCACCACUUUCUGCACUACAUCUACCCAAGGCAGUUUCUGGACUCCCCCGAGUUUGAAUCUACAAAAUCCGGCGUGGAUGACAAGUUCCGGGUUUCCAUUAUUGCUGUCACCCCCUGUAGGUACUUAUUUUGGCAGCGUUCCAACCUGGAAUAUUUGCUUAUCAAGGAGACUCAUCUUGCCACCGUCUUGUCUCUCUUGAUUGCUAGAGACAUCACCACAAAGCUAUACUCCAUGAACGAGAAGAUUGUGACAGAGAAAGGCUCCCACCUUGAUAUUCGUCUUCCCAGCGUCACAGGAUCCAUGACGUACCAGACUUCGAUCUGCACACCGUGCACAGACAACAGAAUUCCGUAUUCACCUGCUAUUGCUCCAGCGUAUGAACCUGUUUGCAACAGCCAGGAGAGCCUUGCUGCAAAUGCAGAGAAGAAGUCAAAAGACCGCAAAAAAUCGUACAUAAAGGUCUGAUAGGAGCAAUAUACGAUUAGAUCGCCUGUGCGAAAUCUUCUCAUACAGUGUCUCAUUUAGUGUGCAUCGGCCUCAUGUUUCUCUCCAUCAAGCUGUGACCACACAGUGUAGCAGCUUGCGCUAUGUCUGCUGUUUGCAUCAUGUUCCAUGAAUGUGGGACUUCAUCAUACAUACAUUGCAAGCACGUACUGCUUGACCUUUGUUGCAGCACAAGCUUUCAGACAGGGUUCUUGCCUGUUUUUUCUUUUUUUGUGUGUGUUGAAUUCUGUUACACUUUUUUAUCAAUAUACAUAGUAGAUUUUAUAGUACAUAGGGAUGAACACAGCCAACAAAAGAUUAAUCUCAAAUUGAAUAUCAAACCUGAGUAGCGGCAUUACAUUUGCAGUCCAUUGCAAGGGAAAUGUGCAGAUGGAUUCAGGAAUAUUAUUGCUGCAUUACGUGUCUAUUAAUAUAAACACAAAUGUUAGGAGUGUUUUAGCAACAAUAGAAGUGAGCAUGGAGCACAAAGAAUGAAACUAGAGAUGAUAUUCUGUGUAAUUAGUAUUUAGACUUCAAAGUUUUUAUCUGGCAGAAAUCUUAGAGAGUUCAAUUUUCCGAGCACAUGAGGUUUUGGAGGUUAACAAUUCGGAACUAUACGGAAUUGGUUCCCAGAGUUUAUCGAAGAAGUCGGAAGCAAGCAAUAAAACAAAACUGAAAGGACUGAUGCCGCAUCACUGGUAGCACUGCACACAUGUGUUUUAUUUCAGCACAAUGCUAAAAAUACAUACAUACAUACAUUCAUAUUUACACAAGUUGAUACGUAUCUGUAAUCAGAGACCUAUCUUUGCCAAAUUUACAAAUGAAUGUGCUGCUGUCAGAUACAAACUCCUCAAAUUCCUUAUGUCUCUUGCGUACAUCACCGUAAACUUCUGUUUCUGUGGCAUCAUGCUUGGCGACUUGCUCAUAAGAACAAUGUGCUGCAGCAAAGGGUGCAUACUAGAUACAAGUAUGUGCUACACACUGUUCAUGCAGCUGUGUGGUGCAGUGCCCCGAGUAAGAGACUGUUGAGGCAAUCGUGCUUUGACCUAUUUCCUGUGUUCGGCUGUUUGUGGUUUGAAAUGGCAAUGUCAAGAAUUGACCUCUGCGAUAUGAAUUACUGAAAUGCAGGGGACUCUGCAGUACCGUUCUCGAGCCGACACGUUUCUCGGAUCAAUGCGAUCACUUAAAAAAUACUGGAGGGUGUCUAUCAGAUAAAACCGAAAGGUCAUAACCCUGCACAUAACACCACCCGCCUAGGAGAGCCACAUAAGGGAGAUGAUUUGCAUAUGUUUUGUGUUCCAUCUUAACUUUUGUCAUCUUGUACUACAGACUAUCUACUAGCCUGAUGUGACUUUUAAACAUGUUUACAAGAUUUUACUCUGUGAACUUAUGACUGGAAUUUGUAUACGCCAUGUAGGAUUUUACGUGCUAUGUAAAAAUUCACACGAAGACUGCACAAAAAUGUGAAGAGAGUAUCUUUUUGUGAUAUCUGCUGUUUCUUGGCAUAUCAUGUAAGGAGAGCACUUUUUCUUGCUUAUGUGGGAUCCACAAUGUUAUUGUUGGAGCUUUUGUGCUUCUAGUCAUUUUGAAUUAUAUUGCCAGUUUGUAUUGUU